GAAAGAUCAAAAACAUUCGUGACAAUUGGACAAGGUUUGCACUUUGUUUUCAAUAUUUUAACCAUGUCGGAAAUUCUGUUCGAUGCUCGUGCAUAUUGUAAAAUCAUGCUACAUGCGGCCAAAUAUCCGCAUUUAGCUGUUAACGGUCUACUGCUAGCAGAGGCUGGAAAGCCAAGCGUCAUUGUAGAUGCAGUACCUCUUUUCCAUCAGUGUCUACAAGUGUCCCCUAUGGCAGAGGUAGCACUGGUUCAGGUUGAAGCCAAGGCCUCUCGCAAAGGACGUCAGAUUGUUGGGUAUUACGUUGGUUGCGAAAACUUCUACGAAAACCGGUUAGAGAGAGCACCAGGGCUACGCAUUGCUGAUAAAAUAGCUGAAAAUUGUCCGGAUGCAUGCGUUGCCUUGAUUGAUAACCGCUCCAUUUCAAUCAAUAUGCGCUAUCCAGCUUUGCUGACAUGGCAACACCGGGACAAUCGUUGGACCAAGGCCAAAUGCUUGGUGGAUAAUGAUCGUGUCACUUUCGAUGCGGUCUCCCGCUUGCUGCAACGAGGUGCGGCCAAGGAACUGCACGAUUACGAUAAUUAUCUGGAUAAUACACAAAACGACUGGGAUAAUGUGCAUUUGAAUGGGGAUUUGAAACAGAUUCUCGCUAUGUAUUAAAAAUAAAUCAGUUAUUUUAAAAUGCUAAAGCAAACCAAAUAAGUGGAAAAUAUAGCCGUACAAAAUGUAUGCGUUCAGAAAUAAUGUAUGGUGCACUUUAUUGUAAACGAAAGGGAAAUGUGGUUAAAACAAUGGAGCAGGGAUAUUUUUAUUGAUGGCGCGAUAACGUAUGUGUUGCCAACUUGUCACCAUUCUAAUCAUUCAGCUGUAUUAGCUUAAACAUCAUUCAUCGUUGUUUAAUAUUUGGCUAGAUUGAUGCUGACCAUGGAUAAGAGAAAUCUAACAUUCA